AUGUUCCGUCACCUCCUUCUGGCCGGCCUGUUCGCCGGCCUGUCGUAUCAGCAGAGCUCCAAUAAGUUUGGGAACCUCAAAUUCUCAAAGAACGGCACCUUUCACUUGAACGUUUUGGAAGAUCUUCACUUCGGUGACAGCAACAUCAAGGACGCCCACACCCUCAAGGUGAUGGAGACCGUCCUGAACGCUGAGCCGUCGGACUUCGUCGUCAUCAACGGCGACCUCCUCGACCGUGCCAGCACCUACCGUGAGAACCGCACCGCCUACAUCGACCAGCUCCUCCACCCCCUCGUCGCCCGCAACCUUACCUGGGCGUCCACCUACGGCAACCACGACCACACCGUCAACACCUCCGCCAAGCUCAUCCUCGAGACGGAGCGCAAGUACCCCAACAGCCGCACCCAGCAGAUGGUCUUUGGCCGCGAGUCUGGCGUUUCUAACUACUAUCUCCCCGUCUACGGCUCCGGCUGCCGCGGCUGCAACUGCACCCCCGAGCUCCUCAUCUGGUUCUUCGACAGCCGCGGCGGCUUCUACCACAAGGAGCUCAAGCCCGACGGCUCCUUCGUCGAGCAGCCCAGCUGGGUCGACGGCACCGUCGCCACCUGGUUCCAGCAGACCAACGCCCGCCUCGUGGAGAAAUACAAGAAGGUCAUCCCCUCCAUUGGCUUCGUCCACAUCCCCGUCAACGUCGCCGAGGCGUUCGGCAUGAAGAUCGGCGUCGACGCGAACCGCCAGCCGGGCAUCAACGACACCAUGCCCAUGGCCCAGCAGUCCUACGGGUUCUGCGCCGACGGCCGCUACAACGCCACGUGCGACUACGGCGGCCAGGACAUCCCCUUCAUGCAGGCCCUCGCGUCGACCCCCGGCCUCAUGGCCGUCUUCCACGCCCACGAGCACGGCAACACCUGGUGCUACAAGUGGGACACGCUCAUCCCCGGCAUGUCCAUCAAGGGCAGCGGGGUCAACCUCUGCUUUGGCCAGCACACGGGGUACGGUGGUGCCGGCGAUUGGAUCCGAGGUGCGCGCCAGAUUCUCAUCACGCAGUCCAAGCUGAAGAACUUGGAGCUAGAUACCUGGAUCCGACUCGAGAGCGGGGGUGUGGUGGGAUCCGUGUCGCUCAACUCGACCUACAACAAGGAUUUCUACCCAGCCACACCUAAUCAAAAGACUUACAUCUAA